GGGUCGUGGCGAGGCCCCGGAUGCUGGGGGCGUGUCCCCAGCCGGGGAGGCGGGGUCAGUGCUGGAGGCGGGCUUGACCUCACUCUCUCCCCGUAGUCGCGGUUGCCGCCCGGGCCUGAACCCUGGAGCACGCGAGCUGAAGAUGGCGGCGGAGCGCAGCUGGGUGCGGAGGCGGCGCAGCGACCACUGCCGGCUCUGACCGACCCACCGACCCGCGCGCCGGCUGCGAGCGGCCUCUGAGGCGGGAGCGCGGCCUCUGAGGCGGGGGAGGAGGCGCUGAGGGGGGCCGAGGCGCGGGGUGCCCCGCGGGGGGCCCGGCUCCGAGGAGCGGAGCGGAGCGCGCUCAGGACGCCGGCGCUGAGGGGAAGCCUGGCUUGGCCGCGGGGGAAGGCGGGGCGGGCUGCUGCCGCGGAGGUUCCCCUCGUGCCGGCUGCCGGGCGGCCCGCGCCAUGUUCUCGGUGCUGUCCUAUGGCAGGCUGGUGGCCCGGGCAGUCCUGGGCGGGCUCUCGCAGACGGACUCCCGCGAUUACAGCCUGGUGACCGCCAGCUGCGGCUUCGGCAAAGACUUCCGCAAGGGCAUCCUCAAGAAGGGCAUGUGCUACGGGGAUGACGCCUGCUUCGUGGCCAGGCACCGGUCCGCCGACGUGCUCGGGGUAGCAGAUGGUGUAGGUGGCUGGAGAGACUAUGGGGUUGACCCGUCUCAGUUCUCAGGGACUCUAAUGCGAACAUGUGAACGUUUAGUAAAAGAAGGACGGUUCGUACCAAGCAAUCCUGUUGGAAUUCUUACCACAAGUUAUUGUGAGCUGCUACAGAACAAAGUACCUUUGCUUGGGAGCAGUACAGCUUGCAUAGUAGUUUUGGACAGAACAAGUCAUCGUUUACAUACAGCAAAUUUAGGAGAUUCUGGAUUUUUAGUAGUCAGAGGAGGAGAAGUAGUACAUCGGUCUGAUGAGCAGCAACAUUACUUCAACACUCCAUUCCAGCUGUCAAUAGCUCCACCAGAAGCAGAAGGAGUCGUCUUAAGUGAUAGCCCGGAUGCUGCGGACAGUACUACUUUUGAUGUUCAGCUAGGAGACAUUAUUCUGACAGCAACAGAUGGACUUUUUGACAACAUGCCUGAUUAUAUGAUUCUUCAGGAGCUAAAAAAGCUGAAGAAUUCUAAUUAUGAGAGUAUACAACAGACAGCAAGAAGCAUUGCUGAGCAAGCUCACGAACUGGCAUAUGACCCCACUUACAUGUCACCUUUUGCACAGUUUGCAUGUGACAAUGGAUUGAAUGUGAGAGGGGGAAAGCCAGAUGACAUCACCGUCCUUCUUUCUAUAGUAGCUGAAUAUACAGACUGAUUUACCUAAAAUAAGAGGGAACCUGCACAAUCAAACAAGCUCUGUUCAUUUGAGAGCUUGAAACUCUAGCCGCCUUAGGUGUUAAAGUCAAAA